AUGCAAAUCUUUGUUAAAACUCUUACUGGAAAAACUAUUACUCUCGAAGUUGAAGGAAGUGACACCGUCGAAAAUGUUAAAGCAAAAAUUCAAGAUAAAGAAGGAAUCCCACCUGAUCAACAACGUCUCAUUUUUGCUGGUAAACAACUCGAAGACGGUCGUACAUUAAGCGAUUACAAUAUUCAAAAAGAAAGUACACUCCAUCUCGUUCUUCGACUUCGAGGUGGUAAUGAUCAAUAA